CUCUCACGCAGAUGCAGCUGGAAGGGAGGGAGUGUGCAGGAGGAUCCGAGGCGGCGCCUGCUUACUCGGCCUCAAGAGUCACUGUCAGCCCGGUUCACUGGCUCGGGUUCUUCUCCUCCUCCUCCUCCUACUCUUCCUAUUCCUCCACCUGGGAAAGUCAGCGGACACUUGAGGGCCCCCGGAAGCUCGGCCGACCAGCUUCAUUCAGCUCAUUAGACAGCUUCGCCUCGCCGCGUCUCGCACCUGAGCUCACGCAGCAUGUCCGCCCCCGCCAGCAAAGAUGUGAAGGAGCUCAACCCUGUCGACUUCAUCCAGCUCCAGCAGUACAUUGAAUAUUGCAGCCUGAAGGUGAAAGACGUGCUGCGGGAAUUCGAUGCAGAUGGCCGCCUGUCCCGGCACAGGCAUGGAGAGUGCAUCAAUGAAGAAGGCUUCCGUCUCUUCUUGAAGACUUAUUUGGAAGUGGACGACUUCCCAUCAGAUCUAUGCCAGCGACUCUUCCGCUCUUUCCAGAACUCCGAAACUGCCCAGGAAGACAGCAGCAAGGAGGUCUUUCUCAAGGAUGUUUCGUGUUACUUCUCUCUCUUGGAGGACGGUCAGCCUCGGGACAAGCUGGAAUUUGCUUUCAAGCUCUACGAUAGAGACGGCAAUGGCGUUCUGGACAGCUCGGAAGUGGAUCGAAUUAUCGCCCAGAUGAUGCACGCUGCUGAGUACUUGGGAUGGGACGUGUCAGAGCUCAGGCCGGUUCUCAAGGACAUGAUGACUGCCAUCGAUGCUGACAGCAGCGGUACUGUUUCUCUGGAGGAGUGGGUGGAGGGAGGCAUGAACAACGUCCCCCUGCUGGUCCUACUCGGCCUGAAGAUGACACAGACAGACGGACAGCACCUGUGGAGAAUGAAACAUUUCAACAAGCCCGUUUACUGCAACGUGUGCCACUGCAUGCUACUGGGUCUCAGGAAGCAGGGCCUGUGCUGCACCUGCUGCAAGUACACAGUCCAUGGCCGAUGCGCGAAUAGGAAUCCAGCCCCCUGUGCCAGAACCUAUGUGAAGUCCAAGAAAGAAACAGGGGUUCCAGCGCACGACUGGGUGAGUGGCAAUUGUGAAUCAAGGAAGUGCGACAAGUGCCAGAAGAAGAUCAAGAGCUUCCAAGGCCUGACGGGCAAACACUGUGUGUGGUGCCACUCCAUGCGCCACGACGCGUGUGCAGACGAAGAGCCGAGCGAGUGCACGUGUGGCCCACUUCGAGACCACAUCCUGCCUCCGUGGGCUGUCUAUCCUGUCAUCAAGGAGCGAUCGAACAAUGGCUGCUCCGGUCAGAUGGAUGACGCUGAGCUCAAUACAACACCUGAUGGACAAGUCCUUCAGAUCAGCCCCGUGCCCAAUACGCACCCUCUUCUUGUGUUUGUCAAUCCCAAAAGUGGAGGCAAGCAGGGGGAAAGGGUCCUCCGUAAGUUUCAGUAUUUGCUCAACCCUCGGCAAGUGUACAACCUUUCCAACGGUGGACCGGCUGCAGGCCUGAGUUUCUUCAGAAACCUUCAGGAUUACAGGAUCCUGGUAUGCGGCGGAGACGGCACCGUCGGCUGGAUCCUGGAUGCCAUCGACAAAGCCGGUCUGCUGGUGCGGCCGCCGGUAGCCGUACUUCCUCUGGGCACAGGAAACGACCUGGCGCGAUGCCUGCGGUGGGGAGGAGGAUACGACGGUGAGGACCUGAAUAGGAUCCUGAGGGACAUUGAGGGAAGCUCUCAGGUUCUGAUGGACCGCUGGAGCGUGCAGGUCAUCAUGGAGGAAGGUGAAGAGAAGGGCGACCCGGUGCCAUAUGAAAUCAUCAACAACUACUUCUCCAUCGGAGUGGACGCCUCCAUCGCACACCGCUUUCACACCAUGCGAGAGAAACAUCCUCAAAAAUUCAACAGCAGAAUGAAGAACAAGCUGUGGUAUUUUGAAUUUGCCACUUCUGAGACCAUCUCAGCCUCUUGCAAGAAACUGAAUGAAAGUCUAACGAUAGAGUGUUGCGGGACACCUUUGGAUCUCAGCAGCCUGUCUCUGGAGGGCAUCGCUGUUCUAAACAUUCCCAGCAUGCAUGGCGGUUCCAAUCUCUGGGGUGAGAGCAAGAAGGGGGACGUUAAGGGGUCGAGCAGUCAGGACGAGCCCGAUGUGAUCGUGGACCCCGAAAUCCUGAAAGUGACCGGCCAAGAUCUGAGCGACCGUAGACUGGAGGUGGUGGGCCUAGAGGGCGCCAUGGAGAUGGGACAAAUAUACACGGGCCUGAAGAGCGCCGUGAGGCUGGCGAAGACAGCGCAGCUCACCAUCAGGACCAAGAAAGCGUUGCCGAUGCAGAUCGACGGAGAGCCGUGGAUGCAGCCGCCCUGCACAAUUCACAUCACGCACAAGAACCAAGCGAGCAUGCUGAUGGCUCCACAGGCCAAAGCAUCCGGAUUCUUCAACUACAAAUAAAAGCAAACGUUCUGUCUCCAGGCAAUAUUGUAACUUCUAAAAAAUAUAUAUACACAUUCGUAAAAUGUAAAUUCCAGAGCUACAAAUGGACAUCUGCUGUUUUUGAAGACUGACAUGUCCGAUCACUUUGGAUUUGUCUUUUCUGUUGAAACAAAACUUACAAACUAUUAUACGAGUACCACAUGGAAAGAAAGCACUUACAUCAACAUCGUAUGCAAUCGGAGAUGAAAGAUUCAGAAAAUAAUUUAACCAUUUAAUUUUGUGGUUUUAAAGUGGUACAUUUCCAAGAAUUCCAACAAGUACACUAGAAUUUUAAUUUUCCUGAAUUCAAUUUUCCUUAAAAUAUGAAUUACCGCUCUACUCUGUGUACUUGAUUAUUGUAUAUAACCGACUGACAUCUUAUAAGGCUUUAACAUCACGCAGUGCAGAUUAUUUGCGUGAUUGUGAGAUUAAAAAAAAAAAACAACAACAACAAGACAAAGAAGAAGCUCUUAUUCAAUACAAUCAACGCCUCCAAUGCUUCAGGUCGACUGCUGUGUAGGAAUGUAAUGUUAGUUUGCUUUGAGAAGGAGGAGUGCUUUUUUGAUUGCUUCUGCCUAAAUUGGGGAGACACACUGGGAAUUGCACAUUCCUAGUUGUUGUACUUGUGGCUCAGAAGUAUAUUAUAAUGAGAAUGUAAUAAUAAUAUUGAUGACAAUGAUGAUCAAUGAUGGUAAUAAUAAGAAUCAUAAUACAUUUCAAAAGGACCAUGAGCUAAAGAUUGAAUGUGGCCGAAAGAAUUGUAAUACUAUGGUACAUUUAAGAGGGAAUAUCUGAGAAUAUGUGUGUGUGUGUGUACGUGUGUCUGUCUGUCUACUGCCUCAUGUUAGCGGGACGCAAGGCCAUUAGACUUAGCCUUCAAUUAUCACCAAUAUGAGACAAAUCGUUCAGGUGAAAAGGAGGGUGUUUGUGUGUCUGCCAUGUACCCCUGUACCUAAAGGUUUUUUGUAAAGGUUUACGUCACUAUGUAAACGCUCCACGGAGUCAAAUAAUUUCAGUAUACCAAGAGCGUGUUGUGACGACAGUGUGUUUGAAGGGACAGAAUGUGCAAUCAAGGAAAUCGUGCCGUUUACUUUUCUGACACAAGAGGGUGCCAUUACUUGUGUAUUGUUUUUUUUUUCAUCCCUAGUUCUGCUUUAGCUCAAAAUUUGGAUUAAAGACAUCAAUCUUUUUACAGUA